AUGCGGUCGAGCCCUAUGGGCAUGUACUGCUUCUACAACGGCUCGGGCGACAAUGGUGACGCAGUGACGUGCUCAGAGGCGCACGGAUACGCGAUGCUCAUUGCGGUGCUGCACGGCAACCAGGCCGACUUUGACGGGCUGCUGUCCUUCUUUCAGGCCUACCGCAACAAUCAUGGCCUGAUGAAGUGGCAGGUGCGCAUGGACUCGCGCCAGCAGCUGUACGUCGCGGAGGAUGCCGAGGACUGCGCCACGGACGGCGACAUUGACAUUGCCACGGCGCUGUUCCUCGCUGCGCGCAAGUGGCCGCAUGGCUCGCAGAUGCACCCCGGCGGUGUGUACGGCGCAGAGGCUGCGCGCCUGUGCGACGCGCUGAUGGCGCACUGCAUCCACCCGUCGCUCCACGUUCCUUUGCUCGGCGACUGGUGCAACCAGGACGGGCGCGACAACCAGCGGCUCUACAACUCGACGCGUAGUUCCGACUUUAUCCUGUCGAGCUUCCUCCUGUUUCACCUGAAGCACCCCGACCCCCAUGCGCGCUCGCGCUGGCAACAGGUCCUCGAAGCGACGCUGCAGGUCGCGCUGACCCAGAUGCAGCACACUCAUACGGGCCUCAUUGCCGACUUUUUGGUAUACGACUCGCGCCAUGGCUGGCAUCCCCCGCGCGGCAAGCACCUCGAGUCGAAGUACGACGGCGAGAUGAGCUGGAACGCGUGCCGUACGCCGUGGCGCCUCGCGCACUAUUACGCCGUGAGCGGCGACCAGCGCAUCCUGCCUCUGCUCCAGGCGAUGCACCGCACGCUCCUCUCGUGCAAGUUCCCCGCGGUGCCCGCCGGAAUCCGCGUGCGCGACGGCAAGGCAUUGGUCGACUAUUCGUCGCGUGCCUACAUUGCCCCCGCGGGCUACCUGUGUUAUGCCCUGGGCGACUCGCAGAACCAGCUUGCUGCUGUGCGUGCGCUCGAUGACGAGGAGCCCGAGUACUUUGGCGACUCGAUCGACCUGGUCAUUGCCGAGGAGGCCAUGGCCGCUCCGUAUUGGCUUUCGUAG